CGGCGCGGCGGGGCGGGUCUCCUCCCGCCGCCCGGGGCAACCGGAAGAAGAUGAGCCUGAAGUCUGAGCGCAGAGGAAUUCACGUCGAUCAGUCAGAGCUCCUGUGCAAGAAGGGAUGUGGUUACUAUGGCAAUCCAGCUUGGCAGGGAUUCUGCUCCAAGUGCUGGAGGGAGGAAUACCAUAAGGCCAGGCAGAAACAGAUUCAAGAGGAUUGGGAGCUGGCAGAGCGGCUUCAGCGUGAGGAGGAGGAAGCAUAUGCCAGCAGUCAGAGUACCCAAGGGGCACAGUCCCUGACCUUCUCAAAAUUUGAGGAGAAAAAAACCAAUGAGAAAACAAGGAAGGUCACUACUGUGAAGAAGUUCUUCACUGCUUCUUCUAGAACAGGAGCUAAGAAGGUGGCUCAAGAGAAAAUCCUUAAGCAAGGACAGCUUGGGAGGGAGAGAAAUGCUGAUAACAUUCUCAGGGAUUUGAAGGAGAUUUUUACUCCCUCCUGGGAACUGGCUUCCCCUACUGAAGCAGAGAUCCAAGAAGCCAAGGCUCCCAGCCCUUCCAUAAACAGGCAGGCUAGCAUCGAGACAGAUCGAGUCUCCAAGGAAUUCAUAGAGUUUCUCAAGACCUAUCAUAAGCCUGGACAAGACAUCUAUAAGCAAUGUAAGCUGUUUCUGGACUCAAUGAAUCAUAAAAGGGACUUGAGUAUUGAGGAGCAGUCUGAAUGUGCCCAGGACUUCUAUCAGAACGUAGCAGACAAGUUACAGACACGUUGGAAAGUGCCCCCUGAAAAAGUGGAGAAGGCCAUGGAUCAGAUUGAAAAGUACAUUAUGACUCGGCAGUACAAGUAUGUCUUCUGCCCUGAAACCACUGAUGAUGAGAAGAAAGAUCUUGCUGUCCAGAAGAGGAUCAGGGCUCUGCACUGGGUGACUCCCCAGAUGCUGUGUGUUCCUGUCAAUGAGGAGAUCCCAGAAGUCUCUGAUAUGGUUGUGAAAGCAAUUACAGACAUUAUCGAGAUGGAUUCCAAGCGCGUCCCUCGUGACAAGUUAGCAUGCAUCACCAAGUGCAGCAAGCAUAUAUUCAAUGCUAUUAAAGUCACCAAAAAUGAGCCAGCUUCUGCUGAUGACUUCCUUCCGACACUUAUAUACAUUGUUCUGAAGGGCAACCCCCCCCGGCUGCAGUCUAACAUCCAGUACAUAACACGCUUCUGUAAUCCCAGCAGGUUAAUGACAGGAGAAGAUGGCUACUAUUUUACCAACCUGUGCUGUGCUGUGGCCUUCAUUGAGAAGCUGGAUGCUCAGUCUCUAAAUCUAAGCCAAGAAGAUUUUGAUCGCUUUAUGAGCGGUCAGACAUCCCCAAAGAAGCAAGAACCUGAGAGUUUUUCACCUGAUGUGUGCCUGGGUGUUAAGCAAAUGUAUAAAAACUUAGACCUCCUAUCUCAGUUGAACGAGAGACAGGAAAGGAUUGUCAGUGAAGCCAAGAAGCUUGAGAAAGACCUAAUAGAUUGGACUGAUGGAAUUACGAAGGAAGUCCAAGAUAUUGUUGAGAAGUACCCAUUAGAAAUCAAACCAAAAAACCAAGCCUUAGCAGCUAUUGACUCUGAAAAUGUGGAGAAUGACAAGCUGCCCCCACCACUGCAGCCUCAGGUUUAUGCAGGGUAAUUCUCAGUGCUCACUUGGAAAAGUGUCAUUGUCCUCACCUAGUACUAUCUGCUACUUGGGAAGGGGGGAGGUAAUUCAAGGCUAAAAGUCAGAUGAGCUUAAAUCAGUACCUUUUUAAAAGGUUGGUUUGCUUUGGGGGGUUUUGGUUUGUUUUCCUGAGUGUAUUUAUUUUAGUCAAGUAGAUUUCUAUUAGGCUCUGGU